AAAGAUUUCAAAGUUUUUAGAAUGGGUGUGAGGUGGUUCGUGUUCAAGUGUUAACACGAAGCGGAAAUAGCUUUGUUGUCUUAGUUUUAAGGCCACAACAAGUCAAAUUCCGUGAGAGAACAAUUGUUUAUGAAUUGCUACAGCGACGAAUUCACCCAAAAUACUCCGUAAGUUCAAUUGUUGCUGCACUCGAAUUUCGGUCACUCGAAGGAAAUCAAAACACAAUAUAAUUUACGUCAAGGUUAUUCAGUUCCUAUUGAAAAUAGUUCCAUGAUCUCUUACUAACUUUAUUCAGCGCUGGUUAGACUGGUAAAAAUUGCAAACGAAACAGAAAAGGAGAAAAAAAAAUUAGGAUCGAAUAGCUCGAACUUUGUGUCCUUUUAAUAUCGGAGCUUGUCGACAUCGACGUUAUGGAAUUCAGUAUGUUUUAAAGAAUUUUCAAGUAUUUGGAACUUGUUUCAACGGACGGAGAGCCUCACUUCGCAUCAAAACAACUCUUCAUCGAGAGCGUAUUUCAAGAGAAUUUCAUUAGCAACAUGAGUGUGGGCUUUGAUUCUUCAUCUGAUGAAGAAGAACCACUUUUUAACAUGGAGGAUGUCGAACGUCGUACGUUCGACAAAGAUAAGGAUCUUCCAUUGUGGAAACGUUUCCUAAACACUUUGAAAAAACUCGGAGAAGACAGAAACAGUCUCAAAUCUACAAUUUGCUACUGCGGUGUGUUCAUGGUCUUUGGAAUGUCAGACGAAAUACUGGGCCCUACAUUACUGGAGCUUAAAUGCCUGACCGGGAAGUCUAUAACUGUUAUGAGCGUGCUGUUUUUUGUGCAUGAUUUGUGCAACGUCUUCGGAUCAACUUCUGGUGGUUAUCUAGUUGAUCGGUAAGUAGCGAAUUUUUGUUUUCUUUUGCUGUACAACCGAGCUUUGUCAAGGAAGACAAAGAGUUGGUAAGAGAGACUUCAAAAAAUUAUGGGAAUCACUGAGGACCAGUGGGUCGUCGAAGAAGGAAAAUCAAGAAAGAAAAUAGUUUCACAUUUCACUCCGCAAAAAUCACAAAUACACCUGAAAAAAAUCGUUCAAGAGCUUUACAAUGAUGACAGUAUUUAUUAGCAUGUACUUUAGUCACUACCAAUCAAGGUCCUUGAUAGUUAGUUACGUCUUGCUAAAGCUAACUGCAUCAAGUGCAUACAAAAUCGAUAAGUGGUAUUUUGAUCAAAGUUCCACCCAAUCUCGAUGCCUAUGAUUUCGUAUCUUUUGGGCGUCAGAUUAUUCUGUGACGCGAUAGUAAAGGUUCUACCAAAGAAUAAUUUAAAGUAUUCUGGCUGCAGAAAAAAAAAUUACCUAAAUGUAGUUGUUUAGAAAUUUCGCUUUGUCGUAUAUUUAACCCAGCACGAACUUAUCAGUUUUCAAGUGAAAAUGAGCUUGAAUUGGAAUAGGAAUAUCAAAAUUUUCAACUAAGAUUAAAACUGAAGUAGCUUCCUUUCCUCGUAAAAAUUACAAUAUCUGAAAAAUUACCUAAAUGUAGUUGUUUAGAAAUUGUGCUUAGCGUAUAUUUAACCCAGCACGAUCUUAUCAGUUUUCAAAUGAAAAUGAGCUCGAAUUGGAAUAGGAAUGUCAAAAUUUUCUGCUAAGAUUAAAACUGAAGUAGUAUUCCUUUCCUCGUAAAAAUUACAAUAUCUAAUCUAUCUUUAUGGCUAAAAUUUGUAUUUGUAGGUUUUGAAAUCACGGUGCCUAACUGAUUUUGUCAAGACAAAAUAAAUCGACGAUCUUUCUUCACAGGUGUAUCUGCGUGAAUUUGAUUUACCCUAAGUUUUUUUUUCAAUCCUUUCCAAAAACAGAAUAUUAGUUACAAUGAACAGUUGAAUAUAUAGAAGACGGAGUGUUAUCAAAUAUUACGCAUGGAAAAGAUUUAUGACAUCGCUUCGUUUUGUUUUCACCGUUAAUUAAACAAGGAAAUUUGCUCGGAUGAACUUUAUUUAAAGAUAAAGAAUCAGUGCUAUGAAAAUUUUCACGUUCGGAAUAAACACUUUAAUAAUUAACAAUUUGAAACAAGGUUUUCUUUUCUUUGUGUGAAAAUAUAAUGAGGCAGCGAUAUAGCGGGAGAAAGCUAAUGGGAAAAUGUAUAAAAGUUAUCAUCUUUUCUCCCCAAUAUCACCUAGUCAAACUGCACAGCUAAUUUGAAAAUUUUCUGCGCACAAAAUCGUCUAUAUUUUCCUUUAAUUAGGGGGAAAAGAAAAACCAGCGUUGGGAUCAAGUCUUUUUUCCCGAAAAAAAUUAUUUCUCUUAAUUAAAAAUUAAUGAUUUAUGGAACUGCAUACUACAUUAGGAACAAAAGCUACAUUGUACGACGAAAAAUAAUUUCCACUUGCUAAACCUCAAUGGCAAACAAACUAAUAUAACAAAUCUUCGGGAAAUUAUUGAAUUUUUUCUCAAUUUUCUGAGCAAAUUUCUCAGUUACAUAAUGGCUUCCGUUUGACGUAGAUCCAUUGCCAUCUGAACACUUUUAGUGACCUGCGUAUUAAGUAGCAAACCCCUUAACGUGUUGAGAAUUGUCUCACCGAAGGAGAGCUACUGAGUAGCACUUUUCCUGUGGCACUUUUAAUCAUUCUAUAUUCCAUGGUUCCAGCAUUUAAGUCUAAAUGAAAAAUCCCUUAGUGUUACCAUUCAAAUAUUUUCUUGUGAUACUGUUCAUGUCUUUGUACAAGGUGAUUCUUGGUUUUGAGUCAGUGGAUUGGAAAUUCUAAAGUGUGCCACACCAUUCAUGAUGAAAGCUAUUGAGCAGUACUUUCCUGUGGUACUGUUUAUUAUGCUUGACACAAUAUGGUGGUUCUCACUUUUGAAUCUGCAGAUAAGAUACUUAACUGUAACCAUUCAAGUGAAAGCUACUGAGUAGUAUUUCCCUCAGGUACUGUUUAUUAUGCUACACAAGGUGGUUCUCACUUUUGAGUCUGCAGAUAAGAUAAUUAGUAACGUUCCCAUUCAAAUGAAAGCUACUGAGUAGUAUUUUCCUCAGGUGCUGUUUAUUAUGCUGUACAAGGUUGUUCUAACUUUUGAGUUUGCCGAUAAGCCACUUAACUGUAACCAUUCAAAUGAAAGCUAUUGAGUAGUAUUUUCCUCAGGUGCUGUUUAUUAUGCUGUACAAGGUUGUUCUGACUUUUGAGUCUGGCGAUAAGAUACUUAACUGUAACCAUUCAAAUGAAAGCUAUUGCCGGAGUAGUAUUUUCCUCAGGUGCUGUUUAUCAUGCUGCACAAGGUGGUUCUAACUUUUGAGUCUGUGGAUGAAAUCCUAAAGUGUGACCAUUCAAAUGAAAGCUACUGAGCAGUACUUUCCUGUGGUAUUGUUUAUCAUGCUGCACAAGGUGGUUCUUACUUUUGAGUCUGUGCAAGUUGAAACCCCAAAGUGUAACCAUUUUUAAUAAGUCCUCUUGCAGUACUUUCCUGAAUUAUUGUCUACUUCUAAUGCAUUCUAAAUUCCAAUUCUUUUCCUGAGAAAUCAUCUGGAAAGAAAGUUUGAAAUCUAUCUAAACUUCUUACGUGCCAGCAUAUUGAACUAUUACGACGUCACGUUUUUGUAUGGAACAAUGGUUGCAAUCAGAUGACAUCAUUAAAAUUAGGAACGUCAGAAUGCAGGGAAUUUUAAAGUGAAAAAAGGGUUCGUUAGCACUUUUUUUUGCUACAGGUCUUCCUUUCUAUUACCACUCUCUAAGCGGCCAGUCUGUUUAAAAGCGUUGUUUGUCGAAUUUACUUCUGCCCUUUUACUUAAAUUUUAGCUAAGAUUUCCUUCAAUCAAAAAAUGACUCAAUUAAGUUGCAUUCCUUGUUCAAUAUUUUUUGAGAAUUUUCGGAUGAGUUUUCGAAUGUUUUUCAUGUAUAAAAAUUAGAGGGGGUGUUCAAAAGUUUGGAAAAUUUGGAAAUAAUAAAUUUGAGAGUUGUUAAAAAUGAAAAUAUGAAGAGAAUAAUUGCCAACGAGGCAACCGAGCUCAGAAGCGAGAUUGACUCGGCGGCAGAAUUAUAUAUAACGCCACGCAAUGUAGGCAAAAACUCUCAAAUUCUACUUAACCCUCCAAAAUUUGCAUUUUUUCCAUAUUUGGGUGUAAGUUAGACUCCAUAUUUGGGUAGUGACAUCAUGGUCUUGUAUUUACAACGCGUGGUCCGAAAUUGUGCAGCUGUUCGUUGUCUGUUCAAGAGGCCCUAACAGGUGAGCAAGCUUUAAUACGAUUUCUAGUUUAAAAGGGCUAUUUAAUGGAGCUCUGUUUUGCUUUAUAAAUUGCGUUUAAAGCCGCAGCUGAUCAAGGAAUAGAGUCUUAUGCUCAAAUUUUUUGUCAAAACCAGCUUGUUCUUUGCAGCUCCAUUUACAAUGAGGUAGCGUGUUCGCUUCUCGAAUCAGAACCAGUGUUUUCCGUGUUCUCUUCCUUUCUGAAUCGAAUUUUAAGCGGUAUUUUAUCAAGGCAUGGAAGGUUUUAUUCUCAAAACUUAUCUCAGAACUAGCGUGUUCUUCGCAGGUCGAUUUACAUUGAGCCAGUCCUCACCUCCUGUGAGGAAUGCAACGUAUUUGCACCCCUUUUUUUGGAAUUUAUUCAUGUCUUCAGAUUUUGUCAACCAGGAUGUUUUUUUGCUGCUCGAUUUACAUUUAUAUUGAGACAGCCCAAAACUCCCGUGAGGAAUACAACGAACUUGCCGUCCUUUUGUUUUGAAGACUAUCAUUAUGCCUUUCAAGAGAAUCUUUGUCCUGUGACACUCGCUCAUUAGAUCUUUGUAUUUUAUUCAAGUUUAUAUUUUUAUACCUCUGAUACAUUCCGCCCCAUUCUUGCGCUUUUCACACAUUUUACUUUACACCAUUUUUUUCUUAUUUAUAUUACUACGCGAAAUAUUUUUCUUAUUCCUGAUGACGCUGUUGCUCGGAAUUUAAUUAUUAUUUUUAAUUUCAGCAGUCAAAGGCCUCAUUUGAACUAUAUUUUUCUUUCUAACGUUUAUAGUUUUGAUACAAUGGAAUUUUCCAUGAAAAAUAAGUGCUAACUUGGCAAUGCUCAUAUUUACCAACAAAGCUUCAAGCCAUGUUGUUACUGUUUAAUAUAAGUGAAAGCCUAGAGUGUGCCAAAGUUGUUGUUUUGAAGUUGGGUGCCAUCCUUUUCUAUAGCGGAAUCCAUUUUAAACCUCUGAAAUUAUAAAAAAAAAAAACUUGUCGCCAAGAUCUGCAUAGGCACAUUCCGCAAAAGAUAAACGAAUUCGCCUCGUUGGCACUUGCCGGAAGGUACCCCUAGUUAGUAAAUAAAUGCCAGAUAGACCAUCACCACAACAAAUGUGCCUCUGAGCCGAUUAGUGGACUUCAUUCCUAGGUUCUUGCUCCAUAGGGACGGGUAGGAGAGAUCCCUUGGAGAAAGGUUGCUUAUUUCGUUUCCAAAUCAAUAUCAUUCGCCCCCCCCCCCCAAAAAAAAACUCCGCCCUUACGAAAAAAAGUUUACACUAGUUGCUGUUUUUCCACCAGUUUCAAUCCAAAUGUGCUGGUGACGAUAGCUCUUGGUCUAAGUGCCAUAUGCAUCAUUGCCAUUCCGCUUAGCCGGAUCUUCGUCAUUUUGCUGUUUUUAGCGGGAAUAUUUGGAGGAUGUUUUGGAGCCACAGAUACGUUCACGACUGUUCAACUUAUACGUAUGUACGGCAAACAGGUCAGAGCAUAAAACAAAUAAUGUAAUUUAAAGAAUUUGUUUGUGCUUACAAUUGUUAUGGUAAUCUUUUAAUGUAUAUUUUAGUGGGCCCAGUUGUUCGAAGGCCGAUUAGGGCUAUCCUGGCGGCGUGCAAAUUUUAAUCCAUUUUUUUUCUUUUCUUUCGUUCAAAAGCACUGACUCGGAUAAUUUUUUUAUUCUUUUAAGAGCGUCUAAUCUUAAGAAUUAAACUGAAUUUGCUUUUUAAGCUUUUUCAGUCUGAAUUCAAAGUUCGACCUGACCCUGGGUUACCUUAACCCAGCUUUGCGCAACCUUGCCCUGAAAGUGCCUACAUCCUAUUAACACUUUGUUUUUUCGCUUGCAGGUUUCCCCUUAUUUACAGGUAAGAUUGCACAAGAAAAAUAACACUAAUUAAACAAAAUACCAAUCAUAAACAGUGAUUCUGUCUAUCACACUAUUGACGUUCAUAAAAUCAAGGAUGGCGACGGCAGCGAAAACGUCGUCUGAAAAGUGAAUUCGCAUUUUUUCAAUCUUUAUCGCGAUUUUUCCAGUUCACCUACUUUAGGAAACGUAACCGAAUUCUCCUGGAGUUAAAUUCCUAAGAACCAUAUCUAAGUUUAGAAAGCGAAAAAAACAUUUCAUCGUCGCUUGUUUACGUCCUCUAUGCAUAAAAUGUUGCGUUAUAUUCUUGCAGCGACGGCAAAGAAAUGAAUAUAAAAGGUGCCCUGCACGUGCAAAGUUGGUGUCUUGCUGAUCAAACCUAUUGCAUUUUUGAUCUUCUCGUUGCCGUCGCCGUCGUCGUCGUCGUCGUCGUCGUCGUCGUCGUCGUCGCCGUCGUCGUCGCCGCCGUCGUCGUCGCCGUCGUCGUCGUCGUCGUCGUCGUCGUCGUCGUCGCCGUCGUCGUCGCCGCCGUCGUCGUCGUCGUCGUCGUCGUCGUCGUCGUCGUCGUCGUCGCCGUCGUCGUCGCCGUCGUCGCCGUCGUCGUCGUCGUCGUCGUCGUCGUCGUCGCCGUCGUCGUCGUCGUCGUCGUCGUCGUCGCCGUCGUCGUCGCCGUCGUCGUCGUCGUCGUCGUCGUCGAAUCUUAGGUUCCUAGUAAUAGUCCAGUUUCGAGUUCGCUAUGACCGCUGAAUUAAAGAAGUGAAGACGCAUUUUAUACAGGCUUAGCCUCCAUCUGAAGUUAUAUAUUCACAAAUUCCAAAGAGAAAAAGACCUGUUUAUUACACUGUCUAUUGUGUAUGGUCAAAUUUCGAACACUUACUCGCCAGAAUCUCUUAAUAUUUUACUUUACGUCGUAAGAAUGUGUCGUAAUUGUUUGUAUUCAGCGGUAAUUUUUAAUUCGAAACUGGACUAGUCAAUUCACUCUGGUUCCUAGGCUCUACACUUCUCUUACGGCGUGGGUGGUUUCGUGAGCCCGCUGAUAGCGCGGCCCUUCCUGCGUCGGAAAUGUGUAAUGGUGGUGAAUUAUACGACGAUCAUCGAUGAGUGGCCAUAUGCUAACUCCACUUCCGGUAUCGACAACUCCACCCAGAUAUACCACACCCAAGAAGAGAUGCAUCGCGAUACGCAUGUCAGAUGGGCUUACUGGAUUGUAGCUCUGUUACAUGUGAGUAUCAAUGAAUUUAUUGGUAUUCUUGCUACUGAAUCUAAUACACCCUGCUGCCAACAGAGUCUUUCUUUCACUUCCUUGAAAUUGACGUACUCGAGAAAAAAGACUCUCCUUUAAUUAAUGGCGUUAGAUCUUUUUGAGCAUGCGCUGCUACUCAGGCCUAGUAGCCGUGCGUUUUGUACAGCGGGCUCAGUUAAUUAUGAUAUCGGUUUAUCAGUAAAUGGACUAACUCGCUCCCAAAAUAACAGUUUGACGAAAGAAAAUAGGAUUGACCCGUCCAGUAGUUCGGGCUGCGGGGUGCAACCCCGGUGCAACCUCAAUGGCUUGACGCGAGUCAUGCAGGGAAACCUUUACUCCUCCUCCUCAAUCAGGAAGAAGACACGCCGUUGGAGACUCUGCUCGCAGGCUGACUCUAAAAUUGCAAGCUGUAACUAUACAGGACUGACAACUUAGUAGAAGUUUGCAGUUUCUCACCAGAUGACAAUAAACGUCCCUAAGGCUCCUUAUUGUGUACUUAAGUUAGUGUACUUGGGUAAAGUACGCCAGCCUGCGAAACUUGACGAGGCUCUUUACGCACUGUAGCACUUUAAUCAACUACUGAUCAACUACUGCAUUCACAUUGCACUCACACUGAUACAUUACGGCCCGUGACUACAGUUUGACGUGUUUUACAAGGAUCAUUCUCACUUAAGAAAGAACCUUAAGCUUCCUCAGUUGGUAAAUCACAAAUAAACAGUUUUAAGGAUUACAUAUUUAGUAUUGAUUUACCGAUAAAGUGGUUUAGAAAAACAAAAUGCAAGUCCCGUGAACAACCCUCUACACCAGCAUUUAACCUUUCACGAUUACAGGAUCGAAUUAUAGCACGACCCAAAGAAAGCUAGAAAAAUGGUAUGGGAUAUAAAGAAAAACCAUUUUUUUCCUACAAUAAUUAAAUACGAUCGUGAAACUGGUAAUGAAAAACUCGUAGACAUAAUAAAAUUAGUACGUAGAUAAAUACAUGGAUAGAUAGACAAAAACAAAGACAAAUUGUGGAUUCGCUUUUUUUCAGCUUCCAGUAAUAUUUGGGUUGUUGUGGCUAAUGUUUACACGUAAAUUGGCCAAAAUCACAGGGACCCUUAAGAAAUACGAGUAUGAAAUGUACGAUGAGCAGAGGCUUAACAACCCUGGUAAGUUAACAUCUUUAUUUAGUAUUAAUGUUAUUAUCAUCAUUAUUGUCUCAGUACUGUCAUAAACAUUGCUACCAUCAUCAUCAUCAUUAUCAGCAUCUUAUUCACUACCAUAUUCGUCAACAUCACCAUAACCAUUACCACUACCAUCAAUAUGCAUUAGUAUGCUAAAUCCUAAUUCUGUUUUCUUCCAUUUAACGGGUUGUAGCUAGUGUUGCUUUAAUACUGUUUCUACAUGUGACUCUUGAUUCACUAUCGUCAACUUUCUCUUACGUCCAAACUUUGGAAAUCAGUCAGGUUUUCUGAUUUCUCGUAAAAAAAGAAAUCGCAUCUAAGCUGGACGUUUUUCAUCGCUAGCUGUAGUGCGUUACAAAAUUUUUCCAAAAAUCUGGAAGAACUGUACAAGAACUGUUCUUAGAAAAAAGAUCGCGCCCUUGGGUAAGGCUCCUUUAUGCCUAAAUGGCGCAAUUCCACAAUUGGUUUCGCACUUCAUUUAAUACUAUUCCAAUAGACCUUUUUACCAUUACGGUCUCCAUAUUGAUAUAAGUUAGAUUUAAGGAGUAUUAUGGGAUGCCCAGGGAGCAUAAGCACAUUCCGUUUAGUAUUUACGAGCGCCUUUCGGGGCAUUUUUUCUUGAAGUUUUCUUAGAAUCGAAUAAGAUUGUAAUGGGAAAACUGAUCGUUGUGCCGGGUUAGGAUGUAAUAGUGAUCGCCUUUUCCUGUGAAAGACCAUAUUUUCUAAUACUAAGCGAGUACAUAGGGAACCCACGCUCUUAUUUGUAAACUGCAAAUGGAAAUUAAAUAAGAGAUAAAGUCUUACCUGCUUUGCUUUAUUCUUGAAUCUGCUGUGGUGCGAAGUGAAGUGGAAGUUGUUUUACGAUGCGAAAACUACUUCAUGUUCAAGUCGACGCUUUAACCGUUGUUGAUUUCACCAUGCUUUAUGUGGUCAAGCGCCGGUUGUUUUUAUCGUCUAACGUUUCAUCGUUGGUUAUUAAUUUAUUAACAAUAUUUGAAUUAACGGUACGGACCAUUAGAAACCCUAGGGGAGGGGGGGGGGGGGGGGGCGAAGAGGGCGAAGUACAAAAAAAAUAUUCGUACAAGGGAAAAUUAAAUGAGAAAAAAUUCUUGCACGCCAAUUAAUCCUAAAAAAUAUUCAUGCUAUGGCCUAAAAUAAAUUCAUACAAGGAAUUUGAUAACGAAAAAAAAUUCCUGCGGCUCCAAAAAUUCCCCUCCCCCCCCAUAACUUUUCUAAUGGUCCGUCCCUAAAUAAUGACAAGGGUCGAAACUCGAUAGCUGCUCUCGCGCAAUCAUUGCCUCCAGUUCACUGGACCAGUUUACAACACAGUGCCGCGCGAGGUAACAUUCCACGAUGACCAUUCAGUUAAAACGAAAACAACAAGGCAACAUAGAUCUGGAUGUAUAUGCAAUCGAAUUCCUGAAACAAUCUUAGAACCAAGCAGAAAAGCUCAAGAAACUUUCACACGUGAAACGCAAAGUUAAGUUCCGGUCCAGUCACGUGGAGGCAUUCGUAAAUCGAAAAGUCAAUAAUCAAUUUCUGAUCUUUUUGAAUACGAAGAUUUUAUUUUAGAGAGAAAAAAGUAGCCCACCGUACAUUUUAUCCCUUAAACCUUUGUUGGAAUGAAUUUCGUGCAAAAACCACUGGCAAUACUUGAGUAAGGCUUGAAAAUAAAUCGGUCCUCAAUAACCAACAAUAAACAACAUCGGUCCUUAAUAACCAACAAUGAAACGCGAGACAAUAAUAACAAUCGACGCGUGGCACCAACAGUGAAAUGAGAGCCACUUCACACAAAGCUUUGUGAAAUCAACAACGGAUAAAGAGCUAUAAAGCGUCGACUUGAAUAUAGCUUUCGCAUCUUAAAACAACUUCCAUUUCACUUCGCACAACAGCAGAUUCAAGAAUAGAACAAAACAGGUAAGAUUUUCCCUCUUAUUUAAUUUCACUUUGCAGUCAAAUAAGAAGGUGGCUUCCCUAUGCGAGUACAACGGAUCGUGCUUAUGCCCCCUGAGCAUCCCAUAAUACUCCUUGAAUGGAAUUAAUUCAAUAUGGCCGCCGUAUCGGUAAAAAGGUCUAUUGUACAACAUUUUAGGAGCCAGCCAACAUAACCUGACACUUUACUCUGAUUAGAAGUAUUUUGCAUCUCAAUGUAGUCUUCUAUUGUAUUUCAAUGGACUCUCAAUAUGGUUCUAAAACUUUUUCAGGCUAUAACCACCACAUGGUCACAUUGUAUCUCAAUGGCAAGCAACCCUGGCUAAAAAUUUUUGGAGAUGAUCAGAAACCGAGAGUUGUCGUAGUCACAGUUUUGACGUCGCUGAUUCUACUUUUGUACGACGGGCUAAUGGUAUAGUAAAUAUGACCCAGCUAAUACGUGUAUUGUGCUGACAAAUACUGAAUACUAUAUUGCCUCUGAAAAUUGCACCGAAAGUUUCCCUUUUAAGCAAGUACAAUCAUUUUCUGGUCACCAUACGUACCUGGUCAAAAAACCCAAAAACUUUGUUUGCUCUUCUUCCCUCUUGUUUUUCUUUUAUUCUCUCCUUUUUUCUUUUGCCUGGCAUUUACUUGGAUUAGGGAAAUGCUAGACGGAAAAAAGGUAAUGGGUGUGUUACCAUUAUGCACUUUCCAAACUACUUUCAACGGAAGUAGGUUGGAAGUAUCGCUCCAUGUAAGGGAAUCGGAGAAAUUUUUGCUUAUGGAAACCGGAAUCCGGGAAAAAUAUGCAUGUGGAAUCUGAAAUCUUGGGCUUUGGAAUCCUGAAUCGGGAAUCCCAAUAACGACUGGAAUCCAGAAUCCAAGUUCCACUGACAAAUACUGCAAUCCAGCACCUGGAAUCCGGAAUCCACGGCGUGGAAUCCAGAGUCCAGGACUAGUGGAUUACCCUAGAAGGGACGAGAAGUAGGUUGGAAAUUGCAAAUUAACCAAGAAAACAUCAUGAACCUAUUUAUUGAGAACUCUCAAAAGAGUGCAUGAAACACUACUGAUUUAAGGUUGGAAUUGUCUUUUCUGUCCUAGGCGACGUUUGGCGCAUAUGUUUACUCGUACGCUGUUAAAGGAGCUGUUCAUAUCAAGCCCAGUCACGCAGCUUAUCUCAACUCUCUCUUUUGGGUGAGUGUUAUGUGAGUGUUAUGUCACGCAACUUCAUGUCACACAAUAAUCUGACACCCAAUUAAAAAGAAUGGUCUGUCGUGGUGAAAGUUAGCAGGUAACAUUAAACUGUUAUCUUAAUGGGAGUGAAGUCACAAUUUCGCAUCAGUUAUGUAUGCUAUGGAACUUUUGGAGUACAACCAGGUUUUUGUACUCUAUUAUAUCUUCCUCUUGCAUUCCCAUGUGUUGCCCCUGUUUUUAUUGGGCAGCUUGUGGCACCCAAUCUUACAAUGGGACGCGUCUCCUCUGUUCAGAAAAAAGACAAAAUGGCGGACGGAUCACUAUUCCCCUCCCUCCUACGACGGGGCACCUUUUUAAAUUUAUGUAUAACUGACAUACCAUGUCAAGCAAGUUAAAUAUCACACAAUGGUAUCAAAAGGGUAACUCGGAAAUAAACAGUUUGUUACCACGUUAAUUAGCGGAGAACACUAGGCUGAUUUAGCAACAGAACGGGAACGUCAUUUGACGACGGGAAAGCGCGCGGAAAGGACUAAACUCCACUUCCAGUGCCCAAUUUGCCACUCAGCCAUUGGUCUAGCCAGUUGUUUGAUUUGCGCGCGCCGUCGUCAUCUGACGUUCCCGUUCUGUUGCUAAAUCAGCCUAUUAACGGUAACUUUACCCCGCUCGCGGCGUGACUUUACUGUUUUGCAGAACCAGCUCUUUCACUUUUGACAUGUCGCCCCACUUAAGGCAGUCCCAGACUAUCUUGGAUUCUGGAAUUCACUCUGUGGAUUCCGAAUCCCAAGUACUGGAUUACGGAUUCCUUGUCAGUGGAACUUGGAUUCCGGAUUCCAAACGUUAACGGGAUUCCGGAUUCCUUGAGCUGAAUUCCAGAUUCCAAAAAAUCAAUCCGGAAACCGGAUUACCUUGAAAGAGGUCAGGCAUUCUCACGCAUAUGAUUGUAAAUACUUAUAAAUCAUACAUUAGUUAUGAAAUCUCAUUUGUAUAUAAUAAUCUAUUGUUUCAGGGCUCCCUUUCAGUUGGUCGGUUUGUUUCCAUACCGAUAGCGAUGUAUGUCAAACCUCCAACCAUGCUGAUGAUUAACUUGGUAACAUCAUCAAAUGUGUUUCUUUUAAACAAACUACUGAAACCCUAAUAGCAUCAGAGAGAAGUUCCUCCGGGCGUUCCAAUUUACAAUCACUUAAAUUACAGACUUGCGACAAUUUAUUCUGAAUAACGUUUGAAGAACAGUUGCUUUCAUUUAAAUUAUCACACUUUAGGAUUUCAUCCACAAACUCAUCAGUUAGAACCUCCUUGUACAGCAUAAUAAACAGUACCACAGGAAAGUACUGCUCAAUAGCUUUCAUUUGAAUGGUCACACUUUAGGAUUUCAUCCACAAAGUCAAAAGAUAGAACCACCUUGUACAGCAUAAUAAACAGUACCACACGAAAGUACUGCUCAGUAGCUUCCAUUUGAAUGGUCACACUUCAGGUUUUCAUACACAGACUCAAAAGUUAGAACCACCUUGUACAGCAAAAUAAACAGUACCACAGGAAAGUACUGCCCAGUAGCUUUCAUUUGAAUGGUCACACCAUAGGAUUUCAUCCACAGACUCAAAAUGUAGAACCACCUUGUACAGCAUAAUAAACAGUACCACAGGAAAGUACUGCUCAGUAGCUUUCAUUUGAAUGGUCACACUUUAGGAUUUCAUCCACAAAGUCAAAAGUUAGAACCACCUUGUACAGCAUAAUAAACAGUACCACACGAAAGUACUGCUUAGUAGCUUUCAUUUGAAUGGUCACACUUUAGGAUUUCAUCCACAAAGUCAAAGGUGAGAACCACCUUGUACAGCAUAAUAAACAGUACCACACGAAAGUACUGCUCAGUAGCUUUCAUUUGAAUGGUCACACUUUAGGAUUUCAUCCACAGAGUCAAAAGUUAGAACCACCUUGUACAGCAUAAUAAACAGUACCACACGAAAGUACUGCUCAAUAGCUUUCAUUUGAAUGGUCACACUUCAGGAUUUCAUACACAAAGUCAAAAGAUAGAGCCACCUUGUACAGCAUAAUAAACAGUACCACAGGAAAGUACUGCUCAAUAGCUUUCAUUUGAAUGGUCACACUUUAGGAUUUCAUCCACAAAGUCAAAAGAUAGAGCCACCUUGUACAGCAUAAUAAACAGUACCACAGGAAAGUACUGCUCAGUAGCUUCCAUUCGAAUGGUCACACUUCAGGAUUUCAUACACAAAGUCAAAAGAUAGAACCACCUUGUACAGCAUAAUAAACAGUAUCACAGGAAAGUACUGCUCAGUAGCUUUCAUUUGAAUGGUCACACUUUAGGAUUUCAUCCACAGACUUAAAAGUCAGAGUAACCUUUUACAGCAUAUUAAACAGUAUAGUACCAGUACGGAGAAAGUACUGCUCUGAAUAGCUUUCACUUAUAUGAGUAUAGUUAGGAUUUCAUCCACUCACAUUAAAAAAGGACUAAACAGUUAGAACAACAUUCAUCGUCUCAAUUUAUUGGCACCAGAGGAACGUUUUGCUAAGUGGCUUUCAUUUGAAUAGUGGCAAUUAAGAAUUUCAUGUGCGCUUUGGUUCGAACCACCUUGUAUGACAUAAUAAACAGUACCACGGGUCACUGAGUACUUCUCAGUAGCUAUCAUUUGAAUGGUCACGCGUACUUUAGGAUUUCAUCCAUACACUCAGAAGUUAAAACCAGCUUGUAUAGCGUGAAAAGAUGAGAUUUCAUUCAUAGACUAAUUCGAGACACUUAAAGCUAACCUUCUAAAGAAACACCUAUGUAGGUCCUAUUAACCUCCAUCCACUACUGACUCGUGUUUAUUAUGUUAGUAGUAAACACAACCACUGUUUACUUGAAUUUGGGCAAUCACGUUCUUUUCCAGAUUGGCUGCCUUUCAGCGACUCUUUUCAUGUUGAUUUUCGAAGAAAGUGAGCCAGCAUUAUGGUUGGGAACCAGCGGUGCUGGUUUAUUUAUGAGCAGUGUCUUCCCAACAAGCAUUGCCCUCGCAGAAUACUAUAUAGAUUUAACAGGUAACUAUCAUUAUCAUGCUAAAUAUCAUAGUCGACACUAAGCGAUCAGUUUUGUCGCAAACAGCAGUACGCUAAUGAUUAAAGGAGGAAGCCUGACACCACACUCAGUCUUUCUUCUUCUUUCAAGCUGACCUUCCAUAUAAUUGUCAGGAUCACCACGAUCGUCGAAGUCCUUUUAAAAUAAGUUCAGGCGCUUGAGUCGAUUAUACCUCUGUUGCAGUUAGGCAAGAUCCGGACCACGGCUAGGCUCACGGCUAAGACAUUUUAGAAAUUUAGUAUCAUGAUUUUUUUUGAGUUUUUGUCUGUUCUGAUCCUUGUUAAUCUCGUUAUAUAUUCGUCCUAAUCCAUCACCAGUUCCUCUUCCGAUAUUUUAAUAUAAAUUCGUCAAAGUAAUAUUUCGAGGCCUCCUCUGAUUAAAUAAUUGUGUAUGCCGUCAAAAUAUAGUGACUCAGUGAAACCUCCUGACAGUUUUCCUUCAAUGAGGAAAGAAUUACGAGAGAGUUAUGUUAGAAAUAAUUAUGCUAACGUUCUCAGACCACCUUGCCUCUUAGUUGUCUUUUCACACCUGCUCUAAUGUAAUUUCCGUUUGUCUCUGCCUAUUCGAUGUCGAAAAUGAUUAAAGAAAUUUACUAAAAAUAGUAUGUAAAAAAAUUGUGUGUGCGUUUCAGCCCCUGUGACAAGUGUGAUGAUUGUCAGUGCAGCUCUGGGUGAAUUAAUACUGCCUUUAGUAGUUGGACAGGUAGGUAAUUCCGUUGGCGAAAAGAAGAUAUUGAGUAGAUAAUCAGCAGAUACUAACCCCCAACCUCGUUCCCAGGGCUCUCUCCUACCCGCCCUACAGAGCGAGAGAGAACCGUAGGGCGGGUAGGAGAGAACCUUGGGAACGAGGUUGAUUAACCCCUCAACCACUUGUAUCAGGAGAUUUUUUUGUUCGUUUUCAAAAAAGUACGCAUCCAUACGAAUCGUAAGUCAAAUUGUUUUUGCUCAUCCAGACGAAAACGCUAAAACGAUACAAAUAGGAAAGCGUCCUUUGCGUCGUAUUCGAGAAAAAAAAAACCUCUGUUUCUAAAAACUGAUAUCCGUAUACGUGUGGACGGGGCCUAAGUAUUUGGUAAAUAUUAUUGCGGGCGACAACAGGAGCCCGCAAUCCUAAUCUCCAGGUUGAUAUUACGCAUGCUCCACGGUUUCCGUAGCAAGCUUCGUUUGGACUUCCACUAAGAAUUUAUGGAAUGCAUUGAAGGCAAUCUGUGAUCACGCUCGUUCGGAUCUUCUAUCACUUGUAAUCACGUGUGUUUUGAUCAUAUAUCACGUGAAACUUAAUCAAAGCACAGCGUUUGAGCAAAAGCGUUUUGACCUUUGAUCGUUGUCGCCCGUACUCCGUAACCUUUGGUUAUUACUAGAUAUAAAUAGAUAGUGAAAAUAGGAUUAGUACAUGGUAAGUUAAUUGCAAACGGAUGAAAAAUGAAAUGCCGAGUAUAAACAGAUGGAAAGUGAAAAAUAAAAGGGAAAUUGCUCAUAUAUUGAUACGAAAUAUAAAAGGUAAGCAGAAAAAUUGAUGAUCAGCUGUGAAAUAAUGGAUAGUACUUCAAUGGCCGGUUUCCGUUAAUUACCAGACGAUACAUUUUCGUAGGUUUUUGAAAGACUUGGUCCUGUUAGUUUUCUGGCGAUCGCCUUCUGCGCAUGUUUUAUGGCCUUGAUGAUCUUCAUUCUUUUGAGGUCAGCGGAGAGAUCAGAGACAGGUAAGCUUCUCACGUUUUCUUAGUUAACGCAUUUAUCGAUUGGAUUUAUUUAAUCGCAUCCAACACUUGUCCUCAAUGAUCGGUGGAGGUGGAGGGGGUGGGGGCUACUAGCAAAGUUUAAUACUGGGAGGCUCCGCCUCGAGGUCUAACCCCUUAGCUUUUUAUACAGUGGAACCUCCGUUAACGGACACCUGUCUAUAACGGCCACUUUUUUCGUCCCGGCGGGCAAAAGAUCCAUAGAUUGACUCUUGUUUAAAACCUCUCUAAAACGGCCACUUCUUUACAAUGGCCACUUUCUUCUGUCCCCAAGGUGGCCGUUGAAGAGAGAUUUAGGGCCUGUUUACAUGGAGGUGGGGUCUCCAGGUAGGUGAGGUAACCCGCUCAGGUGGGCUAACCCGUCUGUCCAUAUGACCUCUCAUUUUAAUUUGAUCACGUUUACAUGGUAGGUGGGGUGACCCGCCACAUGUGACCUCACCUAUCUGGGGUCCCCCACCUCCAUGUAAACAGGCCCUUAACUGUAUAGCAUUUUUGACAGAAAAGAGGUCUCUUUCUUUUACCUUCUGUUGACAAAUGGUACCCUUUGCACAUACUUAGUGAAGAACAUGGCAUCCCUUUUAACUGCUGUAAAUGUACCGUCUUUUAAAUAUGAGUAAAUUACUAAACCAUGAAGUGUUCUUGCCAUUUUCACAGCCAAAAAUGCAUCUGUUAGCCCUUUUAGGUCCUUUUGCAGACUUAAAUGACAGAUUUAUCGAACCUUUUUUAGUAAAAGCCAACUAGUGGUCUAUUAUCAAUGCUGCGUUUUGAUUGGUUGAGCAACUACUAGGCUAUAUGUUAUAGCCCACUAGUAGCGAAAAGCGCCGGCUUUGAAAACCAAUUGUUAAAUAUACUACAACUAGUAAAAUUUCCACCCUUUCAUUUACCUGAAGCCUGGAAAAGGUACCCCAUUAACAAAGGGGAACUUCUCCUUAUAGGCCAUUUAAGGAGUAACCUCCCGGGUCUUUGCUCCAUUCUUUCAAAGUGCACACUGAUUUGGGUUGUUCUGUUCCCCUUGUCCCUAUCACUGGGUCAUGUCGGUCGCGCAAAGCAUUUCGCAUUUGAUACAACUCACAGGGACGUAUUUCUUUACACAGUUUUCUUAAUUAGCAUUUUGUAAUAGACAUUAAGAGUUCCGUUUCUUUCUUAACAGAUUGGCUUGGAUUUUUCUGGUUUGUUUGGUGUGGAAAUCCACCGAGCUCUGCCAAUCAACCCACAUUUGAUCAGAACCAAAACCCCGACCCCUCCACCACAGUGGAAACUGGUAAAAGCCCACCGAUUGAGACAGUGGAACUAAACAUCCAAGGAUAGCAUCCAUAAGUCUUAGGAAACCUGUUGGGUCAAUAGACCUCUUUAUCUUGUUUGUUUUGUAUUCCUAAUGUAUGCAGUGGCGGAUUCAGGUGAGCCCCCCCCGCUUAUUUCAGACCAAACUGAGGCCCGAAGGACCGAAAAAUUUUUUUUGGGGGCCGGCCGCCCCCCCCCCCUUUUGUAAGGGUCUGGAUGACCGUUCCCCCCCCCCCCACCUUAUCUCAAGGUCUGGAUCGGGCACUGGUAUGUCAUGUCAUAAUUUUGUUUCAUUCAAAUUUUAGACUUCCCUUGCAUAUGUACGCAUAAUUUAUGAAAAGACAGGAGGAAAACUGCACCCCUGAGACCAUGACUUAUCGGGAAAUCAAAACAUACAAGCUGAAGAGGUCUAUUUAACCAAAAAGAUAAGGGAUUUUUUAAAAGCGAAUUUCUUGUUUGGGAUUUGUUGAGAGCUCUUUUUUAUUUUUACUUUGAUCAAAACCCAACUGUCAGCUGCAAU